AUGGCCAUGAUGCCAGCCUCCGAGUUUCCGGAGCAAUGCGAGGGCGCUGGUGCAGACUCCGGGGGAGCCGUAGCGAGCCCGCUGCCUGCUGCUGCAGCAGGAACCGACGCAACGCGCCGCUUCUCAGGCCAGCUCUCCGCCUUUCACGGCUCAGGUGCUGCCAACAAGGGCGGGGCUUGCACCGCACUUCUUGGGUGCAGACCCUGCGAGGUUCCAACUUUGGCAGCUCCCGGCAGAACAGGUCGCGCUCCCGAACCCCACACAUCGACCGUGGCGGGCGCUGCCGGAGUUGCCGGCCCCGCGGCAGGUGCACGGAUGUGA